UUGCAUUUCAAUUUCGGUGACCAAUAAGAUGAUGGUUCAUGCUACACAUAUCUAACCUCACAAUACCCCAACCACAAAGGAGGCCUUCAACUACAGAAUGAUCUUUGAGAGGCUCUUCCCACAGAAUCCGGCUAUGUUGACUGUUCCAGGCGGUGCAAGCAUUGCUUGCAGCACAGCCAAAGCUAUCGAGUGGGACUCUUCUCGGUCAAACAAUGUUGAUCCUUCCGGUAGGGCUGCACUUGGAGUCCAUCUUUCAGCUUAUGAACAGAAAUUACCGUGCGUCACUAAUGGGAAUUUGGGACCAAAGAUUAUUGACAAUUUGUCCCAGAUGAUUAGUGUUCCAGGAGUUGCGACAAACACACACGUUCCAAGAACAAUCAAGAAAGUAAAUUAA